ACCAAAUCAAUCGAUCCUGCACCGCUCGUGUGGGUCCAGGACGCGCCGAGAGCAGCAUGACAGACACACUUGACAGGCCAGAGACACUGGACCAUGGCAAAAGCCGCCCUAGCGCCGAAUCGGGAAGAAACCUUGGGCCAUCCUCCGUCAUCACCUCCGUCACCUCAUCAAUUCAUUUUCUCAUCGUCACUGCUCGAAAACAAAACAGGAAAAAAAAAGGUGCCCCGUCGUCGAUUGAAAUCCCCUCCCCCCUCCCCUGCGCACGCAGGGAGCCGCAAUCGAGCACUCCGGAGCGAGGUCCUCUGCCUCAUCCAGCAUGCGCAUGGAACCUAUGCGCCUGCUCAAUCGACGACGAUAAUCAACCGUCGCCCUCCAAUCCUGCCGCGGACUCGGGCCAGACUUAGCCAGGCGACGAGGCAGUAAGCAUCGAGUCGCCCGCCAUGGACACGAGGGCAUCCGACGAGAACACGCCGCUGCUGCCGACCGCCACGCUCGCGCCAACGCCCUCGGCCGAUGGCCGCCCGCGACAGCCCCGGACCGUCACCUUCAGCGCGGACCCCGUGACGAGGACGUUUGAGCCCGGCUCGCAGCUCGCCCACUCGGACCGAACCCAACAUGCCGCGCCCGCCGGCAGCGGUGCCACUGCCAGCGGCUCAAGCACCAGCGCUGCAGGGCCUCCCGUGCUUGCCGCGCUGAACAGCAAGCUGCGCCGCCGUAACAGCCACAGCGCUGUCCCGGGCGUGCUGCAGCACCCCGUCGGUGCCAAGAUUGGCCCGCAGAGGAGCACCAAGAAGACGGAGAAGCUGAAGCUGCUCCCCAACCCAGACAUCGAGGAUGGCGAGGACGAGGAGAGCGGUCGCGACGUCUACUCGCAGUACACGCGCAUCAAGGACCCUACGGCCAGGAGAGACGCCGCCCGCCUCGGCAAGGGGGAUCGCACUCGCCUGCCCCGUGUCACGGCCUAUUGCACUGCCAACCGCUACGAGAUGGAGAGCCUCAUGCGCUUCCUCAAGGGCCGCGGAAAGACGCGCGGCGCCAACCCCAAGCUCAUCGAUGAAUGCAUCUACACCCCCUACGCGUACGGUGCCGCCAAGAGGGACAAUCCCGUGCGAAACUAUGAGCGACGGCACUCGACCGGUGGGGAGACGUUUGAAGCCGAAGAGGUGCGCACGAGCCUGCAGCAUGAUGCCAGACACGAUUCGGGAUACGGCGACGAGUUCUCGGGCGGCGGCAACAGCAACGACGCCGACGUCGGCCAGCUCAACAGCGACGAGCUGCUUGGCCCCAGCGUCACCGACGACAUGCCCGUCGCCGAAGGCAUCCCCGACUUUGAUACCCAAGUGCACACGCCCGAGGUGUUCUUGUUCGACUACGGCGUUGUCGUCAUAUGGGGAAUGACGGAGGCACAGGAGGCACGGUUCCUCAAGGACAUUGCCAAGUUUGAGCUCGAGAAGCUGGCGCCCGACGACGUCGAGACGGAGCAUUUCAACUUUUACUACACACGCGAGUACCAAGCCCGGAUAUACAACGACUUCAUCACGCUGCGUGAUAGGAACAAUUACAUGACGAAGCUGGCUAUAUCGCACGCCCUCGCACAGAGUGUCAAGACGUCGUUGUUCGAAGAGCUCAUCGCGUCGACCAUCGACACGUGCAAGGACAUUCCGACGCAGAUCGCGCUGACGGGCAAAAUCAACCUCAGCCGCUCGCAAAUCAACAUGCAGAUUGGCGAGCUCUUCAUCCUCCGCAUCAACAUCCACCUCAACGGCUCCGUGCUCGACACGCCGGAGCUGUUCUGGGUCGAGCCGCAGCUGGAGCCGGUCUACCAGGCCGUGCGCAGCUACCUCGAGAUGGACCAGCGUGUAGGCCUGCUGACGGAGCGGCUGGAUGUGAUUGCCGACCUGCUGGCCGUGCUCAAAGACCAGUUGAGUCACGGUCAUGGGGAGAAGCUCGAGUGGAUCGUAAUCGUGUUGAUUGCCAUGGAGAUUGUGGUUGCUGCCGUCAAUAUCGUGGUGGAUCUUUACGCCGGCGAAGGCUAGCGGUGACUUAAUUGGUAACACCUUGCAAAAGGUGAGGGCGUCUGGCGCAGGCACAACAUACCUUAUUCUGAUACCGGAACACAUCGUUUGUACAUGGGACCGCCGGGGUUGGAUAAGGACGCAUAUAACAGUGCAGAUACAGAGAGGCUCGUGGCCUAAAGUGUACAUUUAUAGAGGAGAGGAUUUCGACGCUUGCUACGCGCUCGUACGCUGCUCAUUUACACAGUUUCGCGGAACAAGAUGGUAUGCCUUGACGAAAGACAACGGUCCAUGGGCAUCAUCAUACGGCCAUAGGCGCGACGUCCUCCAGCCGCCCAUCGAGAGCCCCCAAGACAGCCAGCGCCGGCCGGCGAAGGGUCAUGCAGCCACACAUCAACUAGACAUAGUUGCAGCGGACGCCAUUUGCAUUGGAGCCACAGUCGGUGCGAUAGGCGCCGUCAAUCUCGACGUUGACAAUGCUGGCGCCCUGGGGGGUGACGUUGCCGUUCGGCCCCGAGGCGACGGCGUCGAGGAACUCGACGGAGCCAAAGUCGACAAAAGGGACGUGGUUGCCGUUGUAGUCGCUGCCAAAGUCCUCGACCACCCACUCGGCGUCGGAGGCGCAGAGCGCACGUCCCUCGCCCUGGAAGACGUGCGACUGGGCCUGGCCGUUGGAGAGGUUCUCGAUGGUGACGUUGCCCGACGUCGACGACGAGGCGAAGACGGACAAGCGGAGGCGGUCGCCGGCGCGGAGGUCGAUGGGCGUGUCGUAGUAGGCGCUGGCGUCGGGCCACCACUCGUACCACGUCGCGAGCGAGCCGUCGCCGUACAGGUUGACGCCCGUCUGCAGGAUGGCGUUUUGGCAGCUCCAGCCGUCGAUGCCCACCCACGCCGACGCCGCCGCCGAGGGGGACUGCCCGCCGACGCGUGGGAUGGUGACGGUGCCCGUCACGUAGUGCCACCCUUGGCCCUGCUGCACGGCGCCGCCCCAGGCGUUUUGCACCGUCUGCCGCGGGCGGAGGCGCGGCGCGGACGUGUCGUCGUGGGACGGGGCCCCGGAGACGGGGACGAAGGCGGCGGUGGCGAGAGCACCGAGGAGGACGAGGACCGAAGGCUUCUUCUGCCUCAUGGUGGUGGUGGUGUUGACGGAACGUUGGGAAGCGAGUCUACAAAGAUGACGAUGGCAACUCUGUGACGAGAAGGGGACUGCAGCCAGCCUUGUGUUUGGCAUGAACUCUUUCCCGCACCUUUUGCCAUAUCCUGCUCAGCGUUUGCCGACUUUAUAGUCCGUUCAUACGUAGCUCACGAGGGCUCUCAAGGACUCGAGGUCAGUCCUCACGUCCAAGCCACGACACACGCACGAGUGGUCUUCUCUGCCACUGCAAGCCAAAGCGUCGGACGAAGAGCAAGCCAUGCCAGAUAUUGCAGGUGCUCGUCACCGUUCCGACUAGCUCGCUGCGCGAGGGGGCAUCGCGGCUAUGCCGACGGCCCGUGGAGGCAGCGCUAAAGACCAAGACCAGGACGUCGGCGGUCGUCGAGCAUAGGCGCCCCUAUAUUACCCCGUCGAGAUCAAUCGCCGGCCAUCACCAUGCUCAUUCCAACUUGCGAUGGACUCUGCCAUAAUGGGGUGGGGGGGGACUUUGACCUGCUCGAUGCAGAAAGAUCCUCGCCGCCGGCCACGACGGACGUGGCAGUCAUUCGCACUACGUUAGUGGUUGUAGUAGCAGCAGUAGUAAUAGAUCU